CGCCCCUCGUAAAAAUAAACAACAUAAAAUAAUGUUGCUAAAAAUUUGUGUUUUCAAAAUAAUUAAUUAAAAUCUGAAUGAAUAAGCGAGUAUUUUGUUGUGGAUUCUUCUUCGGCGUCCUUAUCACAUGGAUCUUAUCAUUUUACCUUUACUACUCACUUAAUUCUCCUCAAACAGUCAAAGUUUAUAAAGAUUUUCAAGAAAAUAUCUUUAAUACAGACGAUGACGACUUUGAUGACUCAAAUGAGGACUUUUUAAAGCAUAAUAGCAAGGAUGUGGACAGCAAGGCAUCAAAUGUCAAGAAAAAGUAUGAAAAAUUAAAAUCAAAAAGAAAAUUAAGUCAAAAAUUAAUUAAUGACUUGACACCAAUCACAAUAAGACAAUUCUCUGAAUUUGGAAUCAUUAAGAAUGUCGAGGAUCAAAUUGUUAGGGAUGAUGGAUAUAAAACUCAUGCAUUUAAUGUACUCGUUAGCAAUCAAAUUGGAAUAACUCGACAAGUUCCUGAUACACGAAAUAAAAUAUGUUUAUCACAAAAAUACGAUAAUGAGCUUCCAACUGUAUCAAUUAUCAUGUGCUUCUACAAUGAGCACAUUACAACACUAGUUCGAUCCGUUAAUUCAGUGAUUGAGAGAACUCCAGAGAAUAUUUUAAAAGAAAUAAUUUUAGUUGACGAUGGAAGUGACUUGAUAGAUCUGAAAGAUGAACUGGAGCUUAAACUUAAAGAUCUGAUUUUUAGUAAAAAGAUUAAAAUCAUUAGAAAUGGCAAGCGGGAAGGAUUAAUUCGAUCAAGAGUCUUUGGAUCACGAAAUGCAUCAGCAGAAGCCCUGAUUUUUUUAGACAGUCACAUAGAAGUCAAUCAAGACUGGAUAGAGCCAUUAUUACAUUUAAUAAAACACAACUCAAGUGCUAUAGCAGUUCCACUAAUUGAUAUUAUUAAUGCUGAUACAUUCGAGUACACAUCAAGUCCAUUAGUUCGUGGUGGAUUCAAUUGGGGCUUGCACUUCCGAUGGGACAUGAUUCCAAAGUCGAUGCUUGAAACUGACAAGGAUUAUGCUGGUCCAUUCAUGUCGCCAUCCAUGCCCGGUGGACUAUUUGCAAUAAAUAGGAAAUAUUUUAAGGAUCUUGGCGAGUAUGACAUGAAGAUGGACGUCUGGGGAGGUGAGAAUAUUGAAAUAUCAUUUAGACAGUGGCAGUGUGGAGGAACAAUUCAGAUUGUGCCAUGUAGUCGUGUUGGACAUGUGUUUAGAAAGAGAAAACCUUACGGGAAUAUCGGAAUUGAUGACACAAUGAUCACAAACUCAUUAAGACUAGCUCAUGUGUGGAUGGAUGACUAUAUUAAGUAUUUCCUUGAAAAUCAACCGAAUGCAAGGAACAAGGACUAUGGAGAUAUCAGCGAGCGAGUUGCUUUACGUCAAAAAUUAAAUUGUAAAUCAUUUAAAUGGUAUUUGGACAAUAUAUAUCCACAACAGUCACUGCCAGGUGAAAAGUCAAAACAGGAACAACCGAAAUUUCAGCCGUGGCAAAAUCGUAAACGAAAUUAUGUCAGCACAUUUAUGAUGAGGCUCACAAACACGACACUUUGUGCCACAAUCGAAGGAUCAAAAGAGAGAAAUUCAUGGAAAAAAGGAAGUCAUGUGGAACUGGCUACAUGCUUACGUGUUAAAAGUCAAAUGUGGUACGAGACUGACAAAAAUGAACUUGUUUUUGGACAACUUUUGUGUCUUGAAGCUCAAAGCAAUUCAUUGUCGCAGCCACUGCUGAAUAAGUGUCAUGAGAUGGGCGGUGAUCAACAGUGGCAUCAUCAGAAAAUUACAAAAUCUCCAAUCUACAAUGUCGCUACCGGGACCUGUUUAUCCGUGUCUAAAGUUGAAAAAGGAGCGCUACUGCAGCUAGCCAUUUGUGAAAAUUCUCAUCUAAAUUCAUGGGAUUUAGUUAAAAUUUGAGUAUUAAAAUGAAAUUGAAUUUUUUAUUGUAUUUUUUUAUAUCAUUCCAAAUGUGAAGUUUUUAUUAAUAAAAAGAAAAAAUUGUUAUAUCGAUGAUAUUAUAUAG